AUGAGUGGGAAGAAGAGUAACAAUGGAGCAGUGGUAACUUUGGCUGCUAUUGUGAUAAUUUGUAGCCUACAAAAUGUUUUGAGUCAGCUCAGGGUUGGAUUCUAUCAAAAUUCAUGUGGCCGAGUCGAGUUUAUCGUUAAGGAUGAAGUUCAAAGAGCAUUUGUUAAGGACAAAGGAAUAGCAGCUGGACUCGUUAGAAUGCACUUUCAUGAUUGUUUUGUUAGAGGCUGCGAUGGCUCGGUGCUUAUCGACUCGACUUCUACGAACAAGGCAGAGAAAGACUCACCUGUCAAUAAUCCGAGUCUUCGAGGAAUUGAAGUCAUAGAUAGUGUCAAGACUAGACUUGAAGCUGUUUGUCGAGGAGUUGUUUCAUGUGCUGAUAUUAUUGCUUUCGCCGCAAGAGAUAGUAUCCAGAUUACAGGAGGGCCUGUUUAUGAUGUUCCAGCGGGAAGAAGAGACGGCAGGAUUUCUGUAGCUUCAGAAACACGAAUCUUACCUCCCCCAACUUUUAACCUUAAUCAACUCACUCAACUCUUUGCCAGCAAGGGUUUCACCCAGGAAGAAAUGGUUACUCUCUCUGGAGCGCACACCAUAGGGCGAGCUCACUGCACAUCAUUCAGUGCCAGACUUUACAAUUUCAGCGGCACGAAUAAGCAGGACCCGAGUCUGGACACAAUUUACGCAGCUCAAUUGAAGAAGCAGUGUCCGCAAAAGAGCACCAAUCCAAACGUGGUGGUAAACAUGAACCCAGCUACCCCGGUAGUGACCGACACAGCCUACUACGCGGAUGUGCUGGCAAACCGGAGCUUGUUCACCUCAGAUGCUACGCUGCUCACAAGCCCUGCAACAGCAACUCAAGUCCACCAAAAUGCCAGGAACGCCCUGCUUUGGAGGACGAAAUUUGCAGCGGCAAUGGUCAAGAUGGGCCAGCUUGAUAUCUUGACGGGGGCCGCAGGAGAGAUUCGAGCACAUUGCAGAGUGGUGAACGGCUAGUUAGAGAGUAGAGAGAACGGGGAGAUCCAACCCACUGGGUUUUAUUUAAAAUGGUAAUGACUAGUAUUCUGUAAUAGGAAAA